CUGCCGCCAUUUAUAUUUGAGAUUUCUCGUCCCUUUCUUUUCCAAAGCAUAUAAACCUCUAAAGGAACACAACUAGACCUAGUGCUGUUGAUCCUUUUCCUGUUACAUCUUCGUAUUAAAUUGUGUUGUUUAUUUCUUUAAACCUUACCUUCCCACCUGACCUUACCAUCUUACCUAGGUACACGUAGUAACCUACCUACGUACCCCACUUCCGCCUUACCCGCAACUCGGAGUGGCUACGACCUUGGCAUUCGAUAGAAAGCGCGCUCGGAACAGAAAAAAAAAAAAAAAAUAGUACGAACGAAGGUCACAAAACAGCGUCUCUCUUAUCUUCCCCCUUGAGACUUUAUACCUGUACAUUUCCAUGUGCAAUCGGCCGCGCCUACUUCAAUAAAACUUAUAACGCGACAUUUUCAACUUGGACAAACAUGUCUGGAUACCCGGGUCAGGGCUACCACGGGGCAUAUUCAGGCCCACCCCCAGGCCAAUAUCCUCAGCAUUAUGGCUAUGCUGCCCCCAAUGGUUAUGGCCACCCAUCUCCCAGCCCCGGUUACGGAUAUCAUCAUCCACCGCCACCACUACCACCGCAGAAUUAUGGCGGCUAUCACCAGCCACCACCCCAACAGUAUGGCUACAACCAGCAGUCGCACUAUGGUCGUCAAUUCCCUCCCUCCGGCCCGCCCUCGUACGGAAACGCGCCUCCACCGCCAUCGACUCCCCAAACCUUCGGCCACGGCGCCCCGCAGAACUACCACUAUCAGUAUUCGCAAUGCACCGGAAAGAGGAAAGCCUUGAUGAUUGGCAUCAACUACUUUGGCCAGCGAGGCCAGCUCCGAGGCUGCAUCAACGAUGUCCGGAACAUGUCCAACUACCUGAUCGAAAACUACGGCUACAAGCGCGAGGACAUGGUGCUCCUUACCGAUGACCAGCAGAACCCCAUGAGCCAGCCGACCAAGCAAAACCUCCUGCGCGCAAUGCACUGGCUAGUAAAGGAUGCAAGACCAAACGACUCUCUCUUCUUUCACUACUCCGGCCACGGUGGACAAACAAAAGACCUCGACGGUGACGAAGAGGACGGCUACGACGAAGUCAUUUACCCGGUCGAUUUCCGACAAACGGGCCACAUCACGGACGACGAAAUGCAUCGAAUCAUGGUGAUGCCCCUGCAGCCGGGAGUGCGCCUCACGGCCAUCUUCGAUUCGUGCCAUUCGGGCACCGCCCUAGAUUUGCCGUACAUAUACUCGACCCAGGGUGUCCUAAAGGAGCCCAACUUGGCAAAGGAGGCCGGCAUGGGCCUCCUGGACGCCAUGCAAGCCUACAGCCGGGGCGAUAUGGGCGGUGUUGCCAGCAACAUUAUUGGAUUUUUCAAAAAGGCCACGAAUGGCGAGGAGGCCCGCAACAUCACAUUGGCGACCAAGACGUCGCCUGCCGACGUGAUCAUGUUUUCGGGAAGCAAAGAUGACCAAACAUCUGCCGACGCGGCCAUAGCAUCACAGUACACGGGCGCCAUGUCAUGGGCUUUCAUCACAGCAUUAAAGAAGAAUCCCCAACAAAGCUACGUCCAGCUGUUAAAUAGCAUCCGAGACGAGCUGGCGACUAAAUACACGCAGAAGCCACAACUGUCGUGCAGCCAUCCCCUGAACACAGAUCUAAGGUUCAUAUUGUAACCAUAGCGGAGACCUAUAUACUAUCUUUUCCCUGUAUCGACCCAACACAGCAUGUCGAAAAUACAGUUGUAAUGAUAUUUCUUAUUAAAUUGGGAGGGACUCAUCAUGAUUUUCUCUGCUUACACCUGUUUAUACCCUCAUGGGAGAUCAAUGACUUUUUACCAGCAUUCUAAGAGGUAAAGAAAAGGGGGAAACUCCAUUGGAACAGCGUCAUUAGUAUAGCGGCAUUUUCAUUUUCCUCCAAGCAUUUUUUUUCUUUAUCACGAUUUAUUGCCAUUAUGGGUUGAUAGGCUUGUAUCUCAUCAGCGAUUGGAAUGGUACGAAGGGAUGGUGGGAGUUUUUUUGUAUAUUGAUUCUUGGCCGUCCGCUGGUCCGAUGUUGGUCGGGUUAUUUAUUACCCUUCCCUAGAAUAAAACAACGUUUUUUUUAUGCUUAUA